CAGACUGGUUUACCACAGCCAAAAUGAUUCCCAACAUUUUCAUCAUCAACAUUUUGCUUUGCCUAGCUUCUCAUCAACCUGCGUUGCCAACUAGAGCUGCCCUGGCCACUAGGUUAGACUCAGAAACUGAUAAGCUUGCCUUGCUUGCUUUGAAGGAUAAGCUCACCAAUGGCCUCCCAAAAGCUUUGCCUUCAUGGAAUGAUUCUAUUCACUUUUGUAAGUGGCAAGGAGUUUAUUGCAAUCGCCGUCACAUGAGAGUCUUUGCUUUGGACUUAGCAAAUCAAACUUUGGGUGGGACUCUGGCACCAAGUUUAGGUAACUUAACCUUUCUUAAAUUUCUUCGUCUUUCUCGUAAUGGAUUGCACGGUCAAAUUCCCAAACAAAUUGGCCAUCUGAAACGAUUGCAGCAUCUCAACUUGGAGGGUAAUUUUCUCAUGGGAAAGGCUCCUGAAGAGUUGGGAAACUGUUCUAAACUCCAAAAGAUUUUCUUCCACAAAAAUAAUUUGACUGGGGAAAUUCCCUCAUCAUUUGGUUCUAUGCAUCAACUUAAUCUGUUAGCUCUUGGCGAUAAUAAAUUUCUUGGUUCUAUUCCACCUACUUUGGGAAACCUUUCGUCAUUGGAGGGCUUGUAUCUCGCAGAAAAUAAUUUGGAGGGAAGUAUACCUCAAUCUCUAGGUGGGUUGUCAAAUUUGAAAGGGCUCUAUCUUGGUGAAAACAAUUUUUCUGGUAUAAUCCCAUCUUCACUUUAUAAUCUUUCUAGCUUAACAUAUUUUGACAUUCCUUACAACCACUUGUCUGGAACCAUUCCAUCAAGUAUAGACCUUGCUUUCCCUAAUCUACAAUAUAUUAAUGUUGAAUACAACUUUUUGACUGGAACAAUUCCAUCUUCAUUAUCCAACAUGUCCCAAUUGCAACUAUUUGAUAUAGCCCAUAAUGAUUUUAGUGGCUUACUCCCUACCACUUUGGGCAGAUUGCAGAACCUGCGUAAGUUCUUUAUUCAUCAAAACAAUUUUGGAAGAGGAGAUGGUCAUGAUUUUGAUUUCCUCUCAUCAUUAACAAAUUGUAGUCAGUUGUAUUUGUUGGACAUUGAAGAUAGUGGAUUAGGUGGCAUUUUGCCAAAUUCAAUUGGGAAUUUCUCUUCCGGCCAUAUUGGUAUACUUGCUAUGGGAAUGAACCACAUCUCUGGAAGCAUACCUCAUGAAAUUGGGCAAUUGACUAGCUUAAUUUACCUUGAUUUGGAAGAAAACUUCCUUCAAGGCAGUCUUCCACAUUCAUUUGGAAAGCUUGAGAAUAUUGGAAAAAUAUUAUUGCGUGAAAACCAAUUAUCAGGAAAAAUUCCUGAUGUUUUUGGAAAUCUUACCAAGUUGUAUUUUCUUGAUUUGUUGCAUAAUAACUUUGAGGGAACCAUACCAGUUAGCCUCAAAUUUUGUAAGGGUAUGCAAAUCCUAUUCCUAAAUCAAAAUAAUUUGACUGGCUAUAUACCAAAUGAAACAUUUGAACAUCAAGAAGGCUUAAUAUUUCUGGACAUGUCAUCCAAUUCCUUGACUGGUCCACUUCCAUCUGGGUUUGGUAGCUUGAAGCAUCUGGUGGAAUUGCAUGUUGAUGAAAACAAGUUUUCCGGUGAUAUUCCAAUGGAACUUGAGGGAUGCCUAGGACUGUCAAUUCUUAAUAUGAGUGGAAACUUCUUCGAAGGAAGUAUUCCCUCAUCCUUUGGUUCAUUAAAAUCUCUCCAAAGCUUAGAUCUUUCCAAAAAUAACUUGUCAGGUGCAAUCCCGCAUCAACUAAAAGAUCUUCCGAAAUUGACAACCUUAAACCUAUCUUAUAAUCAGUUUCAAGGUGAGGUUCCAAAAGGAGGAGUGUUUGAUAAUAUCACUGCUAUUUCACUCACAGGAAAUGAGGAUCUUUGUGGUGGAAUACCUCAACUUAAGCUGCCAACAUGCCCAAGAAAGCAAAAGAAGCAUUUCAAAAUCACAAUCAUCAUGACUAUGAUAAGUUGUGCUCUUGCUAUCUUGGCAAUUUUCCUCAUUAUUUAUAUGAGGAGAAAGCAAAAAAAGUUGGUAUCGUCCCCAUCUCCUCAAAAUACUCAUUUGAGGGUUUCUUAUAGGGAGUUAUAUAGUGCAACAAAUGGAUUCUCUUCAUCCAAUUUGAUUGGCACAGGAAGCUUUGGUUCAGUAUACAAAGGAACUCUUCACCACUUUGAAAUACCUAUAGCUAUAAAGGUGCUAAAUCUUCAAACACAUGGGGCAACAAAGAGUUUCAUUGUAGAAUGCAAAACUCUUGGCAAAGUGCGGCAUAGGAAUCUUUUGAAGAUUUUGACUUCAUGUUCAAGUGUUGAUUACAAAGGCAAUGACUUUAAGGCCAUUGUUUUUGAGUUCAUGCCUAAUGGGAGCUUGGAGAAUUGGUUGUCAGCAAAAGAACUUAGUGAACCUAGAAACUUAUAUAUGAAUUUCACACAAAGAUUGGAUAUAGCUAUUGAUGUGGCUCAUGCUUUGGAUUAUCUUCAUAAUGAUUUUGAAGAGACUAUUGUUCAUUGCGACAUCAAGCCAAGCAAUGUUCUUCUUGGUGCUGAUAUGGUUGCACACUUGGGAGACUUUGGAUUAGCUAGGCUUCUUCAUGAGAUUACAAGCUAUUCUGGUGAAGGUCAAACUUCAUCCUUUGCAGCAAUUAAAGGUACUAUUGGGUAUAUUCCUCCAGAGUAUGGAGAAAGUGGCCGAGUUACAGUACAAGGAGAUAUUUACAGCUAUGGGGUUCUCAUGCUAGAGUUGCUCACUAGAAAGAAACCAACAGAUGGCAUGUUUAGUGGUGAUCUAAGCCUACCCAAAUUUUGCAAGUUGGCAUUGCCAGAACGAAUCUUUGAGAUGGUGGAUUCAAGUUUUCUUGUUCGAUUCCAUAAAGAUCAUAGGAAGGUUAUGCAGAAUUCAGACGUGGAGCAUAAAAUUCAAGAGUGCCUAGUUAGCUUUGCCAGGAUUGGAGUGGCAUGUUGUGCAGAAUUGCCUUUUGAACGGAUGGGCAUUAAAGAUGUUUUAUCAGAGUUACUUGCAAUUAAGAAGAAGCUAUCCACUUUCAACAUUGUCAUAUGAAUUAGUUGCAUGACUCUUAUGAAUAAGGGUUUUUCUUUAUAUGGAGUUGGCAUGUUUAGCGUUUGUAAACAAUAGCUAGCUUUAGAAUGUAACUCUCGGUGUGUGUGUGUAAAUACGUUCGUAUGUACGCAUUUCUACUGUGUAAAAAUUGAUUCAUUAUAUAAUCUUAUUUAAUUUAAA